GAUAGUGGGGGUGGGGAUAGGGAUAUGCUGACGGAAAUUCAAAGAAUAUUUUCAGUACGCUGUUUUCCUCCUCCGUAGUCCGUCCUCUCCUUCUGCGACUGCGAUUCUCAAUUCCAGACCUUCAUCAGCAUUCUAGAAUAUAAGCUUCACAGUUAAACCCUAAUAUCCCAAAGCGUUAAAGCUCCGAUUUUUUAAAUUUUGAAACAGAAAUGCUUAGUGUAAAGCAGCUCUAGUAUUGGAAUGAUAAGGAGAAAAGGGCAUUCAAUCAUCUCUGAGUUAACCCCUUCUUCCUAUACAUUGAUGCGUACUCAUUUUCUCUCCCGCCUCCGAUGCUUUUCCCAUGGUUCCGCCGGCGCCCGUUCUUCUAUCUCCGGAAAUGUGGACUUCCUUGCCCCGUUUCACUCAUUCCGACCCGAAUGUGAAAACGGGUCUGAACCUCGUUCCGAUGGUCUGACCAGACUUCAAGGAGAUAGCCAUUCUCGGCUGGUUGGAGGAAGAUGGCUUUCUGCUCCUUCAUUUGCAUUCCGUGGACUGUAUGGGGGGAGUUCUUCGCGGAAAGCUAUGUCUUCGGCUAUGAUUCCAUUGAAUAUCAAUCAUCAGCUCUUCCUAAGCCGUUGUCUCCUGACUAGAGCUAAGAAGACGAUAACGGCAAUAGAAGUAGACGAUCAUGGUCAGAGAGCUGUCACGACAGCAUUAUGGUGCAACUUUCUUGUCUUUUCUCUCAAGUUUGGGGUCUGGUUAUUUACUUCUAGCCAUGUUAUGCUAGCUGAGAUGGUACAUUCAAUAGCGGAUUUUGCAAACCAGGCACUUCUGGCUUAUGGUUUAAGUAGCUCAAGGCGUGCACCUGAUGCUCUCCACCCAUACGGUUAUUCGAAGGAAAGAUUUGUUUGGUCUUUGAUAUCUGCUGUUGGUAUUUUCUGUCUUGGUUCUGGUGCUACAAUAGUUAAUGGAGUUCAAAACUUGUGGACUGCACAGCCUCCUGGUAAUAUUGGAUAUGCAUCUCUGGUGAUUGGUGGAUCAUUCAUCAUCGAAGGUGCUUCCCUUAUUGUGGCAAUACAAGCUGUCAGAAAAGGAGCGGCUGCAGAAGGAAUGAAAGUUAGAGAUUAUGUUUGGCGUGGUCAUGAUCCCACAUCUGUUGCCGUCAUGACAGAGGAUGGUGCUGCAGUUACGGGCCUAGCCAUUGCUGCUGCAUCAUUGUAUGCAGUAAAUAAAACGGGAAAUCCAAUCUAUGAUCCCAUUGGUUCCAUCAUAGUAGGCAACCUCCUUGGAAUGGUGGCUGUAUUUCUGAUUCAAAGGAACCGUCAUGCUUUGAUUGGUAGAGCAAUUGAUGACCAUGAUAUGGAGAGAGUUCUUCAGUUCUUGAAAAAUGAUCCAGUUGUUGAUUCUGUAUAUGAUUGCAAAAGUGAGGUGAUCGGUCCUGGAUUUUUUAGAUUCAAAGCUGAGAUUGAUUUCAACGGGGUGGUGCUGGUGCAGAAUUAUCUAGAAAGAGCUGGACGUCAAGAGUGGGCUCGACAGUUCCGGGAGGCUGCAAAGGAGAAGGACGAUGCAGCAUUGCUCAUUCUAAUGUCAAACUACGGCGAGGAAGUUGUCACAGCAUUAGGCAGCGAAGUUGAUCGUCUAGAAAAGGAGAUACAGGAAAUUGUUCCCGGCAUCAAGCAUGUGGAUAUUGAAGCCCAUAACCCAAUUUGAUCACACAACUUGGUUUUCUCGUAUUCCUUAGCGGUAAAAUUUUCAAUUUAUUCACUUUGCUUAUGAGAACCUGUCAAUAUUUACACAAAAAAUUUCAUGAGGGUUUCCAAGGGGGGUUGGUUAUAUGUAAAGACUUUUUGGGCCAUGUAGUGUGAAUAUUAGAAACAUCUCAGUUGAAACCUCUUUGGAUUGUGCAAUUGAAAACUGGCAUCAAGCCACUAUAGUGUCUGUCUACUUGGAAGGAAUCUCUCCAUUCAUCAAUCAAGAAUGAAUUCAUUUUUGUGCUAUA